AUGCUCUACACCCCCACCCCAGACACCCUCUACCACCCCCCCCCUCACCACAUCGAUCCCCUAGGGUACUCCCGCCUAGCAAUCAUAACCGGUUGCUCCUCCGGCAUAGGCCUCGCCACAACGCAACUCUUUCUUUCCCACCAGUUCCAGGUCGUGGGGCUGGACAUCGCACCGUUUGACUACGACCUUUUGCGGGUGGAAGACCACGGUAGAUUUCAUUUUCAUCUAGGGGACCUAACCCUCCCAGGACAGAUAGAAGAAGGUGUGAGAAUUGCUCACCAUUUUGGCGGGAGAGUUGAUGUGUUGGUCAAUGUAGCCGGCAUCCUCGACACCUUCUCCUCAGCCGACACCCUCCUCGAUCCAGACUGGGACAACGUCAUCGCCGUCAACCUCACCGUCCCCGUGAAAAUGAUGAGGGCCGUGAUUCCUUACCUCAAACAGAGGCCGGAAGGGGGCGUGAUUGUCAAUGUGGCUAGCACCGCGGGGAGGAGUGGUGCUGUUGCUGGGGUUGCCUACACAGCUUCAAAGCACGGGCUGAUAGGAGCAACAAAAAACGUCGCCUGGCGCUUCCGCAACGAAAACAUCCGCGCCAACGCCGUCCUCCCCGGCUCAGUCGACUCCUCAGUCGGGAACAGGAUAACAAAAGAACAAAGGGUUGAUCUGGAGGGGUACAGAGCUGUCGAACCAGUCCACGCCCUUCAGGCAAACCCCAUCGCACCACUACCACCCAUCACCGCCCUCGAGGUCGCCAAGACGAUCCUGUUUCUGGUAAGUGAUCAGGCGAGGACCAUCAACGGGGUUGAGUUGCCUGUUGAUCGGGCAUGGGGCGUUGUGUAGAUGAUGCGUAUAAAUGCGGUUUUUCCUUGGGUUUUGGUUGGUUCCGGCGGUUGUGUUUCUUUGUGUCCCAUAGCAAGUUACUUUCCGUAGUCAGCCCAAAAGUUGAUUUAUUUCUCGAGUGCUACA